AUGGAAGUUGAUCCAACAGAUGUUGAGGUUGUGAAAAAGGCUCAAGUAGCAAGAGAUAAAGAACUUGAUGAGUUAAAUGCUCUCCUAGUCAAACAUGAUCAACAAGAUGAUGAAAUUCGAAACAAAGAGGCCACCGAAGCUUCAAGAAGAACAUUAUGGACUGAUUGGAAUGUUGAGAGAAUGCAAGCGGAAGUGAUCAAGAAGUUGAAAAUCUAUUGGAUGGAAACGAAUAUUUCUUUUUCGAUGAACGAUGAGUUUACAAAUGUUGCUUUUAAGGCUCGUAGAGGAGUUAGUCAUGAGUUGUUUGAUUUUACCCUUGCUGAUCUUCCUUUGAUGAAUCCAUACGAUUGGAGUAUUAUGUUCAGUAUUUUGUCCAAAGUAAAGAUAAAGUAUGAGCCUAUUAUUCAACACUUGUACAUAAUGAUCAAAACAUAUAUUCAAGAAAUCUCCAAGAUGGAUGUGGAGAUCACAACUGUAUUAAAGAUAGUGCCUAUUUUGAAACCAUUUCCAGAACCUGAAGGAUCGGAAAAUCUUAGGGUUGGUUUUAUUCAGAAAUAUGCAUGGGGAGUGGUCUACAAGGCAAAUGAGAAUGGAGUUUUGUGA